AUGGCUAGGAGAAGUAGAGCAGCUAUCCUGCCAACAAAUAUUAUUUUGUUACAAAACUUGGUUAAACGUGAUCCUGAAUCAUAUCAUGAAGAAUUUUUACAGCAAUAUGCUCAUUAUGAAUCCCUAAGAGAUAUAUUUAUUUUAAAUGGUAUGUCUGGUGGUGAAAAUGGUACCUCUGGUUCCGCUAUCGAUUCAUCUUCGUCUGGGAGUGUUACCACUUCAACUUCUCAAUUAAUGGAAUUAAUCGGGUUCGUAUCUCAAGUUUGUUCAUGUUUCCCAAAAGAAACAGCUAACUUCCCAAAUGAAUUAAAACAAUUAGUUUUAGAACAUCACAAAUCUUUGCCAUUCGAACUAAAGGAAAAAAUUAUUACUUCUUUGAUGAUGUUAAGAAAUAAAGGUGUUAUUACAGCAGAACAAUUAAUUCAAACUUUAUUCCCAUUACUAAUUGCAUAUUCUGCCCAAGCUAACACACUUGGUGUAAACUCCCAUGCUCGUGAGUUAAGAAAAUUGAUAUAUAAUGCAUUAAUUUCAUUGUUGAAGAACUGUAACACUGGUUCUAAAAAUCAAAAGUUGAAUAAAUCUACACAAGCUGUAUGCUUCAAUUUACUAGAUCAACCAGAUUCUCAAGGUAUUUGGGCCGCUAGAUUGACUAGAGAGUUAUGGAGACGUGGUAUUUGGGAUGAUUCAAGAACUGUUGAAAUCAUGACACAAUCAGCUUUGCAUGAUGAUGUUAAAAUUGCCAUUUCUGGUGUAUUAUUUUUCCUUGACGCUGACAGAGAAAGAGAAGAAACAUUUGAAGAAAAUUCUGAUGAUGACGAUAUUGAUAUUGAUUCAUUGAGACAUAAGAUGCAAGUUAACAAAAAGAGUGGUAAGCGUGGUAAGAAAUUUGAAAAUGCUAUGAAGAGUGUAAAAAAGAAGAAUAAGAAUGCUGGUAACAAUGGCCAAAAUCACUUAAACUUCAGUGCAUUGCAUUUACUAAGAGAUCCUCAAGGUUUCUCUGAAAAAUUAUUUUCAAAACAUUUAUCUGGUAAGAGCAGUAAUAAAUUUGAUAUGGAACAAAAAAUAUCGUUAAUGCAAUUGAUCUCCAGAAUGAUUGGUACUCACAAAUUGAUGGUAUUAGGUAUAUAUUCCUUUUUCUUAAAAUAUUUGACACCUAAACAAAGAGAUGUCACUAAGAUCAUGGCUGCUAGUGCCCAGGCAUGUCACGAUUUGGUUCCUCCAGAAACGUUACAAAUAUUAGUACGUAAGAUUGCAGAUGAGUUCGUUUCUGAUGGUGUUGCAUCUGAAGUUGCAGCUGCAGGUUUAAAUACUAUUAGAGAAAUUUGCUCGAGAGCACCACUGGCCAUUGAUGAAACAUUGUUACAAGAUUUAGUUGAAUAUCGUGGCUCAAAGGCUAAAGGUGUCAACAUGGCGGCUAAGUCAUUAGUUUCUCUAUAUAGAGAGGUUGCGCCUGAGAUGUUGAAGAGAAAAGAUCGUGGUAAGACAGUAUCGAUAGAGAUGCAAGAAGCCAAACGUGAAGGUAAAGAACAUAAGAAAUUACAAUUUGGUGUUGAAACUAAUAACGUUGAAGGUAUUGCUGGUAUUGAAUUGCUAGCCAAGUGGAAACGUGACAAUCAAGGAGAAGAAGGAGAAGAAGGAGACGAUGCAGAAUGGGAAGUUGAAGAAGGUAGUGAAGCGGAGGAAAUCGAAGGUGAAUGGGUCAGUAUCGAUAGUGAUAAAGAAUACGAUGUUGAUAUGGGCGAAGAUGAAACAUCUGAUUUAGAAUUGAGUGAUGAUGAGAAAGCCGAAAGCAAAGGUGAAGAAGCUAAUGAUAAUAAGGGGUCUGGUAAAGAUGCAUUUAUGGAAUUAGCAUCUAGUAGAAUUUUAACACCAGCUGAUUUUGCUAAAUUACAAGAACUAAGAACUGAAGAAGGUGUUGCUAAGAAGAUGGGUAUUAAAUUAAACGAAGAAGUAGUAGAUGCCAGUGGAUUAGUUGGGCCAGUCAAGUAUAAGCAAACUCGUGAAGAAAGAUUAGCCAAGGUACUUGAAGGUAGAGAAGGUAGAGAUAAGUUUGGUAGUAGACGUGGUAAGAGAGAGGGUGCAGCUAGAUCUACAACUAACCGUGAAAAGGAGAGAAAAAAGAAUUUUGUUAUGAUGAUUCAUAAGAGAUCUGUCACUGGUAAGCAAAAGAUGUCAUUAAGAGACAAACAAAAAGUGUUACAGGCCCAUAUCAAGAAGCAAAAACGUAAAGGAUUUUAA